AUGAAUGCGUACGCUCAGGAUGAGAGCCUAUGCAUGAGAGAGUUCCCUAAAUCACUCACGGACAACGCUUUUACCUGGUAUGAUAACUUGAAACCCGGAAGUAUCAGCUCGUGGCCCUCCAUGGUACAACUUUUUCUGAAGAAGUUUUACUCCGCACAAAGAAGAGUCACAGCAAUAGACUUGGGAAGGUGCACCCAGCGGGUCGGAGAAGAAAUUGGGACAUAUAUCACUCGCUUUCGAGAUUUGACACUGGAAUGUCACGAGGACAUCCCGGAGGAGCGCUUGGUGGAGAUUUGUAUUCGAGGAAUGGAUGCAAUCUUCCGGAAAAACUUGACGAACUUCAAGUUUCAAACUUUUGUAGAGGUCGAAGAGGUUGCAUCCAGGAUAUCAGACUGGGCGGAUGUUAUGAAAUCGGGGACAAGCAGACACAAUUGGAAAUUACAUUUUGUUAACACUGCAUCCAAUGACCAAGGAGGUGACAGAGGAAAGGGAGGAGCUGCCUAUUUCGGCCCCCACCGAGGAGGACAAUCCGGCAGAAGAGGGAGAAGAGCGGAUGGGGGAAGAUCAAACCCGCCACCACCACUGCCGUGCAGUAGGGAGCACAUAAUAGGACUUCUAGAACAAUUGGUGGCCAACAAAGAAGAAACUUUGCCGCCCGUGGCUACAGAACCUACCGCGGAAGAUAAGAUGCACGAACGAUACUGCCAUUAUCACCGGAGGGUCCAUCAUCCGACUGUGAAGUGUUUUUAUUUGCGCUACAUAGUGCAGAGAAAACGAGCCAUAUGCGAGCUAGAAUUAGGAGAGCAAAGCAUCCAAAAGGACUCGCUCCCUCAGCACCAAGUUAUGACGAUCUCCCAUGAACCCGCAGAAGGAGAAACCUGGAGACCAUGGGAAGACACGGAGGAGGAGGAAGCAUGUGAGGCGUCUGAGACAACCAUAUUUUCAUACACAAAUGGAGUCGCUAGCAAAUUCGCCCAAACCGUUUUGGCCCAGCAAUUCUUCUACUCCCUUGGUUUCAGUGCGGAUCAAGUCCGCGAGGCAUCCAAAGCCAUCACAACAAAUGCAUCUGGAAAGAUGUACAAUCCGAUGCCUAAGGAAGCUAUUACUUUCACUGAUGAAGAUAUAUGCUCUCCAGGGGAACACCUCCGACCCUUGUACCUCAAGACACAUAUUAACAAGCAACCCCUCAAGCGAGCUUUCAUAGAUGGCGGAGCUUCCAUCAAUAUGAUCUCCCUACACAGAUUGGAAUCUUUAGGAGUAUCAAGAACAUCGAUCAAAAUGCGCGCAACAACCGUAAGAGGAUUUGGAGGACAGACUCAGAUGACAAUGGGAAUAGUACAUCUGAUGAUGAAGAUCGGGCCUAUCAGAGCACUCACCCCUUUUUACGUGCUUGAGGAUGAUACCACUUUUCAUGUCUUACUAGGGCGGGGAUGGCUUCUGAACCACAAUGUAGUAGCGUAUACAUAUCACCAAUGUGUCAAGACUAAUAUUGGAGGAAAACAAUUCCGGAUCCCAGCCAUAAGUAAUCCGUUUGGUCCUGAGGAGGCUUACAUGGCAGACGCAGUUUUCUACACGCAACCAGUCACGGACCAAGGGGAUCAGUUAGAGCAUUUCACCACCCUCCCUAAGUGGGAAGAGUUCCAUCCUGAGGAACAAAUGAAAAGAAAGGCUAAAUCGGUCUUUAGUCCAUCUCGGAUGGGACCUGCCUUGGGGACUAAGAGGGUUGUAGUCGAAACAAAACAUAGUCAAUUUAAACGCUUCUCACGUCCAUAG